AUGAAACCUCCUCCUCAAGCUUCUUGGGUAAUCAGAAAGAUCUUUGGUGCUAUUAGUUGGCUUGAAGAAGUUUGCAAUCACAAUAACUACUUGAACAGUGAAACUUUUGUGAUAAAGCAGAUAUAUAAGGAGAUAAAAGGCGUUGACAGUCGAGUUCCUUGGCGGAAAAUACUGUGUAAUACUCCCGCACCACCAAAAUGCAUCUUUAUUUGCUGGCUUGCUAUUCUAGGAAGACUGGCUACAUGUGAUAGAUUGGCUAAAUUUGGAGUGCAGUGCUCAGAUUUAUGUGGCUUAUGUGGUAGUGUUGGUGAGACGUUGAAUCAUUUAUUCUUUGAUUGUUCUGUUAGUGCUGCAGUUUGGGGCAAGAUUUUGGUCUGGUUAGGUUAUUCCAGGAAACCAGAGAAUUGGCAACAGGAAACGCAAAGAGUUAACAGUGAAUUCAACAAAAACAAUGCUACACACCAACUCUAUAGAUUGGCUCUAGUUAUUUCUGUUUACCAUCUGUGGAAAGAGAGAAACAAUAGAGUUUUCAGGAAGAAUCUACAAACUGUUGAGGGUCUUGUUAGAAAAAUACAAUACAUGAGCCAAUGGACAAACACAAGAUGCAACUUCUGGAAUUUGGAAAUCAAUACUUCAGAUGAUCUCCGGCAUAUAGCGGAUAAGUAA